AUGGACUUUCUCCCUCACCCAUCGUCUGGCGUUGGGCCUCUUGACAUCCCCUUCGUUGCUGACGCCCCUUACCAGUUUGGCUCCUACUUCUGGGACUUCCCCAAGGUCCACGGCUUUGGCGAUCAAUGGGCUAGCUUACCCGCCCCGCGUCUCGCCGCGCUCGUUCAGUCGUGGCUCUACUUUGGGACGAUAUCCGAGUUCCUCGGCAGGCCGAUCGAUUACGAGCAGUUCCAUGAUAACAGCGACGAGUGCACCGUCACGGCGAAGCCGCUGAUCCCGUUACUGAAUGAAUGGGUUGCUGCGCAUGUUGCUGAGGUGGCGAGCCGUGCCGCUGUGGACGGCGAAGCUGCUGGGUAUCAGCGCUGGCGCAUGGUGCUCUUUCAACAUGCGAGAUUCCUCGAGUCUGUCUUGCGCUUCGCGGAAGAUUUUGAUAAGGUCUCGCAGAGCCAUAUCAAGCCUAUACCUUCCAUCAUACUAUCUGUCAAGGUUCUGUGUACCGCCCUGAGAGGUCUUCUCUACGAUCUGGCCGACUAUGACGCAGAUGACUAUUCGAAACCAUGGCCUUCGCCGACCGACCGCAUGCGUCGGGAGUUUCUACCUGCGACUGACACCCAAGGGAAACCGAACUACAGUCCCAGCACGCAAGUCUUGCUCGAGGCAAUGUUUCUGCGCGGCUGGUGUCCCUAUCUGGCGCGAAAGGUCCUCACGUCCUUUAAUUACGCCAAUGCUUACUACUUUACUCGACUGUAUCGAGUCUUUUCGAAGGAAGUGAACCAUGACAACUGUACCGACGGGGAAUGCAUCGCGACGAAUGCAGACUUGUUCGAGUACGUUCCGCGACAUGUCCACUUCGGCUGUAUUUGCCAGCCAAAGGUCGCGCCGAUGGACCAGAUUCGCGCCAUCAUCGAGGCCGGCGGUAUUCCGCUCAUUCGGCUUCGCCCGACCAAAACGGGUGUUCGGAUCGAGGUGGUGAGGAUGACUGCUCGCACGCGGUUCGUCGUGGUGUCGCAUGUGUGGUCGGCUGGGAUUGGCAACAAGUAUGCGAAUGCCUUGCCGGAAUGUCAGUUACGACGACUGUAUGCGCAUUUAAGCAACCUCAAACCACUGUCGAGGCACGGGGCUCGUGACUCGGACUUUAACCUGCUCAACUCGCUUGAUAUGGGAUUCCAGACGGCCACUCCCCGACGGCCGAAGUAUCUCUGGAUUGAUGUCCUGUGCAUGCCGCCGAAAGAGGGACCGACUGCGUUUCUGAGAAUACAAGCCAUCAACAAGCUCCCUGCGGUGUAUCAGGCUGCUGAUAGGAUUCUGGUGCUGGAUUCGAAGCUAGAGACGCUUUCGGUACAUGAGUCCGAUAUCCUCGAGCAAUUCUCCAGGUUCGCCGUGAGCCCCUGGUUCGGGCGGUGUUGGACCUUCCAAGAAGCAGCUCUAGCCUCAGCCUGUGAGGUCCAGGGUGCCGACGGCACCUUCGACGCCUUCUUCCCCCAGAUCCCCAAGGCUUUAACCUCAGGCCCUCUCCCUCCCCGGCGCCGACAAACCCCCCUCCUAACGGCUCUCACCCAUCCCAUCGGCCAAAUCAAGAUACUCCUGUCGCGCAAAUCCUCCGGCGCAGGCUCCUUCCAACCACUGGACGGCAGAGCCCCCAUCAUCGACUUCGACGCUAACACCGCCCUCAUGGCCAGCAUGACGCGCUCCCUGAACCAGGAGUUUCGUUCAGCUUUCUCCAACGGCAUCAAGCCCGAAAAAACUGUUUUUGGAGAGGGUGCCCUCGCACCCGACUUCUGCACGUUGUUUGUGCAAGUUUGGAACGAGCUCAGCAAAAGGUCUACGUCCAUGCCGGGAGAUAUGCCGAUUAUCAUGGCUAAUCUGUUGGGGUUCAACUCCGAGCCGAUUAUGAGGCUACCGAAAUCGUCGGAUCGGAUGGCGUGUAUUCUGAGGAGCAUGGACGGCAUUCCCGUGUCUCUUUUAUUCAACUUGUUUGGGCUGCGGCAUGAGCCGGGGAGGAAUCAUCGCGACCGGUGGCUGCCGGUGUAUCCUUCGAGGGACAGGCUAGCGUUCGGGUCGACAUUUACCAAUCUUAGGGUCGUUGGCGAUGAUAUGUACAUGCCGAAUAAUUGUGUCAGUCGCAAGAAAGUGGCGGUGUUGGUUUGCACCGGGCCGCCGGAUCCAUUUUCCAGUUCGACGUUCACGGUCAGGGAUGUCUCGACGGGGGAACGCUACGCGAUCGAGCUGCAUCGGAGCGAGGGGGAUGAAUUUGCCACGCCGGAGAUUGGGCCGUAUAUUAUCGCUAUUCAGCUCGAUCCGGAACUUAAUGCCCGACCUGAGGGCCUCUUUAUUGAAGGGUUGGAUGCGAUACCGAGGGUUUAUGCGGGGGCAUUAUUCCGCGUGCGGAGGGUCGUGACAAGGGUGAAGAAAGUGUAUAACCAUAACCUGGACGAGGGGUACGAUGACUCGUUUGAGCUGGUUGAGGAUGAGGAGGGGAACGCGUUGAGCGAUGAGAUUUCGAGCAAGAGGUCGACGGAUUAUCUCAGCGGGGACAUCUCUGCGGCAUUUGGGCGGUAUGAAUGCGGCUUGCUGAGGACAAUCUACGACUGUCCGAUGACAGUCACUCGGUUGCCCGGCGGCGGUGCCGGCGACCCCUUAAGCUCGGUGUGCUCCACGCCGCUGGAAAGACCGGGCCCGAUCCUCACGGCCCAACCGCUCCCACCGACAUGGCAGAUCGUCAUCGAGCGAGAACCCGCCGCGUACCCCUAUCCCCUCUCAACACGUCCCUCUCUCGCCGACGCCAUAACCCCGAUCACCGCCAUCCUAACCAUAACCGCUAUCGACGGGCUCGUCGCCUCGGGCUCCGUCGGCCUGGCCAUCGCCAUCUGCGCAACCCUCUUCUACACGCUCAACUCUCUCGCCAAGGCAUGCCUAAUCACCAAACUAGUCCUCCAUUCUCUGUUUCUGAUCCAACUCUUCGUCUACCCGGGUGUAGAGCGGGUACGGAGAAGGUGGAUGUGGUAG